CCCGCCAAGCUCUUCGCAGGAAAAUUAAAUCUCCGCGGCUCCAUAACUUAAAUCGAAUACUUGGCUCAUACUAUUUCAAGCUAGAUAAAGGGAAAAGAGGAGACUUUCCCUUCUCCACAUUCAGGAAAAUUGUUCGUGAAUCAACUGCAGCUAGCGGGAAGAUGUUGGAGCUACGGCUAGUGCAGGGCAGUCUUCUGAAGAAGGUUCUCGAGGCGAUCAAAGAUUUGGUUACUGAUGCAAACUUCGACUGCUCGGCGACGGGGUUCUCCCUUCAGGCCAUGGACUCUAGCCAUGUUGCUCUGGUGGCGCUGCUCCUCCGAUCCGAGGGGUUCGAGCACUAUCGCUGCGAUCGGAAUAUUUCCAUGGGGAUGAACCUCAAUAACAUGUCCAAGAUGCUCAAGUGUGCUGGAAACGAUGAUAUUAUUACCAUCAAGGGAGACGAUGGCAGCGACACUGUUACUUUCAUGUUCGAAAGCCCUAAUCAAGACAAGAUUUCUGAUUUCGAGAUGAAGCUUAUGGACAUUGAUAGCGAGCAUCUGGGCAUUCCUGAAGCUGAGUAUCAUGCAAUUGUAAAGAUGCCAUCUUCAGAGUUUGGAAGAAUAUGCAAGGAUCUCAGCAGCAUAGGAGAUACUGUUGUUAUUUCAGUCAGCAAGGAAGGAGUCAAGUUUUCUACCAGAGGCGAUAUUGGAUCUGCUAACAUUGUCUGCCGGCAGAACAAAACAGUUGAUAAGCCAGAGGGGGCAACUAUCAUUGAGAUGAAUGAACCAGUGAGCCUAACCUUUGCUCUCAGAUACUUGAAUUCUUUCACUAAAGCUACAACAUUAUCUGAGUCUGUGACUAUUAGUCUGUCUUCUGAGCUGCCAGUGGUGGUUGAAUACAAGAUUGCUGACAUGGGGUACAUCAGGUUUUACUUGGCCCCUAAGAUUGAAGAUGAAGAAGAAGACAUGAAGUCCUGAGGACCUUUCAUCACAGUCUACAGUCUUUUCCUUCUAAGUUUUAUCUUGUUUUUAGAAGGGUGCUUAACAGCUAAGGCCUAUGUGGAUGAUUUUCUUUUUCCUCAGUAUUAUUAUUUUUUGCCUUUAAUUUGAUAUGGUAGAGAGGUUAGUUCCCAGUUUUUAUUGAAUUGCCUGAAGAUCUGAACACUGCUGGUACUAUUAUUAAUUUAACUUUGUUUUUCCAA